GCUUCUCCCGCUGGUAGUUCAUCGGUAACGUUCAAUGCUCGAGGAUCGCUGACAAAAACAGUUCAUCUUGGUCCACGCACUUCGACAAAUGAACAGACUGCGCAGGCUCCGAAAUUCCCAGCUGCGGAAGCUCAGAGUGUCCGUUCUGCAAGCAUUCAAUCGGAAAGGGAGAAAUAUAUUGAGAUCAGACGUCGAAGAAAACAAGAAAAAGAAAACCGAUUGAGAUUGCUUGAUUUGCAACGCAGAAAAUCGGAUCUUAUGUCCAAAGAAAUCGAACAACAGAAAAUGAUACUGGAAAAAAUGAAGGAACCAAACAUCACUCCAGAAAAAAAGAAACACCUAUACAAGCUUUUCAAGAAGAUUGAAGCAUUUGUGACGAAAACUAAAGCCGAAAUAUCUGAGCUAAACGAGAAGCUGCUGAAAAUGAAUGCCGACAGCGAAGAGAAAGCAGCUGCUGACGCAGCAGUAGCAGAGGCUGGUGUUGGAAUAAAGCGUGUCGCUCGCAGUGAAGGGAAUGAAAUCACAUUAACAACGAAAAAACCACGGCUGCUGGAUUCAUCGAAAAUUUUGGAUAACCGAUCAAAAGUGGUUGCUGUUCGCGGUAUCAAACCGGGUGCAGAAAAUGACGUGAUUAUCCAUAUGGAACAUUUUGGAGAGUUGAUUGACAUGGAAUUUGGAGCGCCUGGUCAGGAUAAAAAAGUCACCGCUUACUUUACCUAUAAAAAACGACGCGAUGCUGAGCAGGUGGCAGAAGGAAGUGGAGUUAUACCCGAUGAAAAACGAAAACCGUCGGAACGUGUAACUCCGGCCGCUCUUUUGGCCACUUGUCCGCUUGAGGAGUCAGACGAUGAGGAGAACGAAGAUUGA